UACUUGUACUAAUAAUCGCUUCCAUGGAAAGAAGAGCUACGUAAUCGAACGAAAAAAAAAGACGGUGACCCCGCCGCGGUUAAUGUUAUCGGAAGAGAGAUGUAAUCCUGCGCGCAUGGAAAAUAAGAAACCAGUAAAUCACCGAUACUCGUGCAUUCAACAUGUCGAAAAUGUUGCACGCCUGCUUUUAUAUUAUUUCGGCGCUGUUGAUAUCCGAUACCUUGGCGAUCGAAGGUGUGAAAGGUGGCCGUCACCGUGCCCAAUAUGAUCGAUCCCAGGUCGCCGUGAACAGCACGAUGGCGCAAGGACUUUGCUACAAGAGAAUACGUUAUCAAGAUGCUGUCAAAUUGAACGCCACAGGUCAGUUCCUUCAUAACACUCUUCCAAUGACUUCUCAGGAAGGCACGAAAGGUGGAUGGAUAACGAUUUUGGAUUGUUGCGACGGCUACGAGCGCAACCUUAGCUCCGGUGCCUGCGACCCGAUCUGCACCGAGGGAUGCCUGGGCGGAAAUUGCACAGGGCCGAACGUGUGCAGCUGUUCGCCAGGAUGGGUCGCUCAGAAGGGUGUUUGCGGGCCUUACUGCGAGCAAGCUUGCCAGAAGUACGCCUACUGCUUCUCGCCGAACGUGUGCGCUUGCAUGUUGGGCUACGAGGAGGUGAACGGCGAGUGUAAGCCCAUCUGCCCUCAUGGAUGCGUGAACGGCGAAUGCGUGGCGCCCUACGUGUGCAAAUGCGGAGCCGGAUACCAACUCGAGCCAGGGAUGGAGGGAACGAACGCUAAAUGCGUGCCGGUGUGCGAGAACGGUUGCCGCAACGGAGAAUGCACGGCUCCUGGGGUGUGCACUUGUCGCGAAGGAUUCGUCAAUCCUCCAAAUGACCCCGAAUACUGCGCCCCCGAUUGUCCCGCGGGCUGCGUCAAUGGCAAAUGCAUCGCCCCCGGCGUUUGCCAAUGCGAGCCGAAUCACGUUCUCAACGGAAGCAACGCAUGCGUCCCGGAGUGCCCUCGAGGUUGCGUUAACGGCGAAUGCGUCUCGCCCGGGGUCUGCAAGUGCGAGCCAGGCUUCGCCCUCGAUCCCGUCAACAAAUGCGUGCCGGAAUGCCGUGGAGGUUGCGCCAACGGCGAAUGCGUCUCGCCCGGGGUCUGCAAGUGCAACCCAGGCUUCGCCCUCGACCCCGUCUCGAACAAGUGCGCGCCGGAAUGCCCCCUGGGCUGCGUGAGCGGGGACUGCGUUGCGCCCGGUGCCUGCGCCUGCAAGCCAGGUUACACCGUAGACGCGAGCAAAAGCUGCGUGCCAAGAUGUUCCCGAGGUUGCGCGAACGGGAAAUGCGUUGAGCCGGACUUUUGCGAUUGCAAUCCGGGCUACACUCUGGACGCCAACAACAACUGCGUGCCGGAUUGUCCCCAAGGAUGCACGAACGGCGAAUGCGUUGCCCCCGGAGUGUGCAACUGCGACGUCGGCUACUCGCGCGAUCCAAGCGGCGGAUGCGCGAAGAAGGCGGGGGUCGGUGCGGCCACGGAUUGUCAAUUGGACUGCGGCCCGAACGCGCACUGCGUCGGCCCCAACCAGUGCACCUGCGAUCUGGGAUUCAAGNGAUCCGGACACCAAGAGGUGCGUCCCGUUCUCCAACUCGUUCCAGUGCAGGAACGGGUGCGGCGCUCAUGGGCUCUGCGUCGGCCCCGACAUGUGCAUCUGCGAUUACGGGAUGGCCGUCGAUCCUGUGACGGGCAGGUGCCCGGAAUCGAGAAGUCAGACGGCAAAUUCGAAUCGAGAUCGGGCCGAAUGCCAGCACGGCUGCGGGCCGAACGGUGUCUGCGUUGGCCCCGAUCGUUGCGCUUGCGACCAGGGAUUCGUGCUCGAUUCCAACACCGGACACGAUUAUACGCGUCAUAUGACACCAUGGCGCCAGUGAAUACUGAGAAACGGCUCGACAUGCAUCUCGCAUUUCUCCAAGUUGUACUUUUUCUCCCCGUUAUUUUCAAAGUAACCGGGACGAUACUCUUCCCAGACAAGAGCCAAGGCAAAAUCGAUUCGAUUGAAUUUUUCUCUACGCAGUAUUAUAGCACCUACCGCAUCGACGUCCACUGCUGCGAGGGAUACGUACUUAAGGAAAAUGUUUGCGUACCUGUUUGCACCCCAUCUUGCCUGAAUAGCCAAUGCCUGCCGAAUAAUUAUUGCGAAUGCAACCAAGGAUACGUGAAACACACGGAGAACGAAUGUUUGCCGUAUUGCAAGAAUUGUGUCAACGGAAAAUGCGUGGCGCCAGGCGUAUGCCAAUGCGAUUUCGGGUAUCAAAUGGACAAGAACAAUAUCUGCAAGCCAGUGUGUACCGAAAACUGCGAAAAGCAACACGCUUAUUGCUCCUCGCCGGGCACGUGCACCUGCUAUAUCGGUUAUCAGAGAAUUAACCAUCAAUGCGAGCCAAUCUGCGUGUUGAAAUGCGUGAACGGGAAAUGUACGAAGCCUGGCAUAUGCACUUGUCACAACGGUUACAUACAACAGGAUUACACGAAGCAACACGUUUGCGUCCCACACUGCGAGCAAUCUUGCGAGCCGUACGGAAAAUGCACUGCCCCUAAUAUCUGCACUUGUUACAAGGGUUAUCGUCUCGUUAACGGGAGCCAGACAAAGUGCAAGCCUAUCUGCGAGCGAACUUGCGUGAACGGAUACUGCAGCGCGCCGGAGGUAUGCAGCUGCGAUCCAGGCUACGAACACUCCACGACCAACCUCACCACGACCAUCUGCCGGCCCAUCUGCGAGCACGAGUGCAUAAACGGGUAUUGCAGUGCCCCGAAUACCUGCGAAUGCAACCCGGGCUAUCGAUUUUUAAAAGGCGCGUCCGAUCUCUGCGAACCGUUCUGCGAACGGCCUUGCAACAACGGCCGCUGCACCGCUCCCAACCAGUGCACCUGCGACGAUGGCCACCACCCAAACCCGAACGAUCCCUUCACUUGCGACCCGACCUGCAACCAGGGAUGCCGCUUCGGAACUUGCACCGCGCCUGGCACGUGUACUUGCUACGAUGGAUACUCGGCAAAAAACGCGACGGUGUGCGAGCCCGUGUGCGACAAAGGCUGCGUGAACGGGUAUUGCGACGCUCCAGGGGUCUGUAGCUGCGAUCCCGGCUACGAAUUAUCCGAACACGAUUACCACGUGUGUGCACCGGUGUGCAAACAAACCUGCGUGAACGGAUACUGCAGCAAGCCGAACAAAUGCGAGUGUCAAACGGGCUAUCAACCGCUAAACAAUAACACCGAUAUUUGCGAGCCCAUCUGCGAACCGAAUUGCAUCAACGGGCGUUGCAUUCGUCCGCACGAGUGCAAGGGCGCUGUCGGUUAUCGAUCGUUGGAAGUCGGCUCGAAUAUUUGCCAACCUGUUUGCGAAGGGCGUUGGGUGAACGGAUACUGCAGCGCGCUUAAUGAAUGCACUUGCGCCGAAGGUUACGGCCCACCCGAGGGCAAUGGUAGCGGACUUUGCGAGCCGAUUUGCGCGCCGACCUCCGAGCCGAAUUGCCCCAAUGGAUAUUCCAUUCGCCCGUCCGAAUGCAAGUGUGAUGUCGGUUAUCGAUCGUUGGAAGUCGGCUCGAAUAUUUGCCAACCUGUUUGCGAAGGGCGUUGGGUGAACGGAUACUGCAGCGCGCUUAAUGAAUGCACUUGCGCCGAAGGUUACGGCCCACCCGAGGGCAAUGGUAGCGGACUUUGCGAGCCGAUUUGCGCGCCGACCUCCGAGCCGAAUUGCCCCAAUGGAUAUUCCAUUCGCCCGUCCGAAUGCAAGUGUGAUGUCGGUUAUCGAUCGUUGGAAGUCGGCUCGAAUAUUUGCCAACCUGUUUGCGAAGGGCGUUGGGUGAACGGAUACUGCAGCGCGCUUAAUGAAUGCACUUGCGCCGAAGGUUACGGCCCACCCGAGGGCAAUGGUAGCGGACUUUGCGAGCCGAUUUGCGCGCCGACCUCCGAGCCGAAUUGCCCCAAUGGAUAUUCCAUUCGCCCGUCCGAAUGCAAGUGUGAUGUCGGUUAUCGAUCGUUGGAAGUCGGCUCGAAUAUUUGCCAACCUGUUUGCGAAGGGCGUUGGGUGAACGGAUACUGCAGCGCGCUUAAUGAAUGCACUUGCGCCGAAGGUUACGGCCCACCCGAGGGCAAUGGUAGCGGACUUUGCGAGCCGAUUUGCGCGCCGACCUCCGAGCCGAAUUGCCCCAAUGGAUAUUCCAUUCGCCCGUCCGAAUGCAAGUGUGAUGUCGGUUAUCGAUCGUUGGAAGUCGGCUCGAAUAUUUGCCAACCUGUUUGCGAAGGGCGUUGGGUGAACGGAUACUGCAGCGCGCCGGAUGAAUGCACUUGCGACGAAGGUUACGGUCCAUCCGAGGGCAAUGGUAGCAAGGUUUGCGAGCCGAUCUGCGAGCCUAAUUGCACCAAUGGAUAUUGCAUUCGUCCGCACGAAUGCAAGUGUGAUGUAGGUUAUCGAUUGUUAGAAAUCGGCUCGAAUAUUUGUCAACCUGUUUGCGAACAGCCUUGCGUAAACGGAUACUGCAGCGCGCCGGAUGAAUGCACUUGCUACGAAGGUUACGGUCCAUCCGAGGGCAAUGGUAGCAAGGUUUGCGAGCCCGUGUGCGAGCAAUCGUGCGGUGAGAAUGGGAUCUGCGUUGCGCCCGACACGUGCGAAUGCGAGCUGGGUUACAAGCGGGCGACGGACUGGAACGAGACUUUAUCCAACGUUUGCGAGCCCGUGUGCGAAUUCGACUGCGGAAACGGUACCUGCGCGUCCCCGAACGCGUGCACCUGUUACGCGGGCUACGCGAAAAGGGACGGGCAAGCUCGGUGCGAUCUCGCGUUGUGCGAGUCUUGCGACAACGGAACGUGCGCGAGACCCGGGGUGUGCGAGUGCGACCAAGGUUUCGUCGAAGCGAGACGAGGGAAUGGAACCGUCUGCGAGCCGUAUUGCGAGAAUUGCUCGAAUGGAAGCUGCGUGGCACCUGGCGACUGCCUGUGCAACGUCGGCUUCGUGAAGGAGGAUAACGGCGAGUGCGUUCUCGCGUGUCGAGACAACUGCAACGAUCGUGGGAUCUGUGAUAUCGAGAACAGAACUUGCGAUUGUUUCUACGGGUGGGAUGGGACGCAUUGCGAGGAGCCAAGAUUUUGCGUGUUCGUGAUGGAGAAUGGGAUAGAACGGUUGAACGUAUGGAACAUAGAGUACGAUGCCAACGAUACGAUUGAUUACGUGUUCGCGAACAGUCCAUCGUGUUAUCACGAUUGUUUGAAGAACGAAACCUUGUGCAAUGGAAAAUAUAGGAAGGAUGGCAUGGGGAACGAUACGAUCGCCUGUCUGAUCGAUUCUAAUUGCAGUCGAGUCUACGCGUUGCUCUCGAAUCAAGUAAUGAUAGGUGGGAUCGCUAUGGGUACCGCUAUGGUUAUAAUCGGUAGCGCCAUCGUGAUCUAUUCGCUGACGCGAAACGUGAGAAAGAGGAAAUUUUCUCUAGAUAAUACGCCAACAUCGAUGCAGAUGCAGAAUCGAGCCGAGGAGAACAACAGUAUCGCUUGUGCUAAAGGACGGAUUGAAAAUAUGAGAUGCCUAGGCUGCGUCGUCUUUUUGAACCUCGUCACGACGGCAUUAUUUCUGACCGGUGAAGAUGGAUCGUUGUGCACCGUGCAAAUCAGUCGCAUGGAAUCAAGAUACGUGCCCUACACGGAAACGUACAAGGUCAGGAAAUGGGGUCUCUUCCAUCAAACGAAGACUCGAACCAAUUACAGGAUCGAUCAAGCCCGCGUAUGGCAUUAUCAGACGAGAUGUUGCAACGGUUACGAGGAUCGAGGUGACGUUUGUGAACCGAUAUGCAACCCCGAAUGCGUGAACGGAAGGUGCACGAGACCAAACUCGUGCGAAUGCGACAACGGAUAUUCGCCUAUUGGACAAACGCAACACGCGUGCAAGCCCCUGUGCGAGAGCAAUUGCACGAACGGCUUUUGCGCGAGACCGAAUCAAUGCUCGUGCAACGCCGGCUACGAAUUGACCGAAGACAAAUUAUACUGUCUGCCGGUUUGCGCGCAAAAUUGUGCGAAAUACAACGCGCGCUGCACGGAACCGAACCGCUGUACCUGCAAUUUGGGUUAUCGACAGAGCGACACCGAUACCGACUUACCAUCGUGCACGCCGAUCUGCGAAAUACCGUGCAUGAAUGGAAAAUGCACCAAGCCGAACGUUUGCACGUGCAACCACGGUUACGUGAUGGAAAAAGAUAUCGAGCCGUGCGCUUGCAAGCCCAAGUGCGAGCGAAUUUGCCUGCAUGGGGCAUGUACGGCGCCUAACGUAUGUACCUGCGACUCAGGUUACCAGUUAAACGAGAACGGGGAAUGCGAGCCGAACUGUACCGAACCGUGCGUGAAUGGAAAAUGCACCAAGCCGAGCGUUUGCACGUGCAACCACGGUUACGUGAUGGAAAAAGAUAUCGAGCCGUGCGCUUGCAAGCCCAAGUGCGAGCGAAUUUGCCUGCAUGGGGCAUGUACGGCGCCUAACGUAUGUACCUGCGACUCAGGUUACCAGUUAAACGAGAACGGGGAAUGCGAGCCGAACUGUACCGAACCGUGCGUGAAUGGAAAAUGCACCAAGCCGAGCGUUUGCACGUGCAACCACGGUUACGUGAUGGAAAAAGAUAUCGAGCCGUGCGCUUGCAAGCCCAAGUGCGAGCGAAUUUGCCUGCAUGGGGCAUGUACGGCGCCUAACGUAUGUACCUGCGACUCAGGUUACCAGUUAAACGAGAACGGGGAAUGCGAGCCGAACUGUACCGAACCGUGCGUGAUGGGUACUUGUAUCGCACCGGAUGUUUGCAGCUGUAACUCUGGAUACGGGUUACCGGAUGAUUCCAGGUACGUGUGCGAAGCGGUGUGCGAGAAAGCUUGCGUGAACGGGACGUGUACGGCGCCCGACAUGUGCACGUGUCACGAUGGCUACAGAACGACAGGAGACGACACGAUGAAGCACGUGUGCGAGCCAGUUUGCGAGCUUCCUUGCGAGCCUCGCGGCCAUUGCGCAGCGCCCAACACUUGCAACUGCAUCCAAGGAUAUCGGAUGAUCGAUAUGACCGCGAAGGAGAACGAAGUGAGCGCAAACGAUCAGGUACUCGACACGAUCGUCUCGGCCUGUGAACCUGUUUGCGAUCAAAAUUGCGCGAACGGCACAUGCACAGAGCCCAAUGUUUGCACUUGCAACGACGGGUUCACGAAGGGUGCGGACGAUCUCUGCGAACCCGUCUGCGUGUCCUGUCGCAACGGUUUCUGCGUAGCGCCGAAUGUGUGCCAAUGUUGGGAAGGUUUCGUCCGCACGGAAGAAUACGGCUGUGCGCCAUCUUGCGAGAAGGGGUGCGAAAACGGGGAGUGCGUGGCUCCGAACGAGUGCGUAUGCCACGAGGGUUUCGAGUCGAGUGGAAAUAACAGUGAUAGUACGUGCGUGGAACGCGUGCCCACGUGCACGAAGGUUUGCAAAGGCUAUAGUGUCUGCGUGGAGGACGAGACGUGCGAAUGUUCUUACGGAUGGACGGGGUCGGAAUGCGACCAAUCCACCCUCUGUAUCUUGGUAAUGAAUCCCGACGAUGAAAAUCUCAUUGGAAUCACGAUUCGUAACGAUACGAAUAACACGCUAACGAAUGCUAAACGUUACGCGCCGCUCUGCUAUCGAUGUAACGGGACGACGAACAACGAGAGUUACUGUUUCGCCAUCGACGACUCAUUGAUUGGCUGUUUCGUCGAGACAGUAGAAUCUUCUUGCUAUCGUGGUGAAACGGAUGCAGCGUUCAAGAUGCAGAGCGGAAUGUUAGGAGCGAUCAUAGUUUUAAUAAUGGCGGUCGUGACGAUAGCGUGUUUCGUGAUUUAUAGGCAUCGAAGAAAAAAGAUGCGUUUAGCCAUCGUGCAGAACGUAUUACAAGAAGCAAUGGUAAACGAGUAUUUGAUUUCGGAACGAGACGAUGAUUCUUCGCAUUAAUUUACAUUUACGAACGAUAAAUUAACGAACAAUAAAUUAGAAUGAAAUAUUUCUAUCCACAUUG